AUUAAUGAGUUUGUUUACAUUAAUAAUGGGCUCAUCUGAGUGACUAUGAGAACAACCCACAUAUAAUAUACACAACCGACAAAGUUUUUGCCUGCUAACAGACAGUUGAAAUUAAUAUUUAUAAAUUCCACAGCGUAAAAUGGUCUCGCAUAGUAUUUUAAAAUUGUAUCUAAUAUUUUUCUUAUAUAUAUGUUUUAUGUUGUCAUAUUUAGUAAUAUGUAAAUAUAUUGAAAGGUCUUGACAGGACACUAUCCUGAGAGGAGCAAGUUGCAUUUGUGAUUUUUAACAUUAAAACCAAGAUAUAUAAAACUUAUAUAUAUGCUUUCUGAUAUGUAAGUUGUUUAUUGUUGAAUCAAACAAAGAAAGUUUCAUAAAUAGGGAAAUAAAGGCUGUAAAAAUAAGAUGUCCUCCUGGUUGUCACACUUAACCUCCCAAUUCACCUCCAACCGGUUUAAAGAUCAAAGAGCUGAACAGUGUAGCAUUAUAGUGCCUAUCAUAUAUGUGUGACAAUGACGUCUCUCCUAUGUGAAGUUUUUCAAGUAGCCCAGCUAUUGAGAAAGCUUGUAAUACAGCUCUACUCUACAAAGUUCUGGGGAAAUGUGCAACCUAAAAAAACAUCUUAAUAUCUUGUUUAAAAUGCUACAAGAAUGACGGAACGAAUAAAUCGCAGGCAAAUUAUGCUGACUCAUCAUGGUGAAUGAGGUGAUUCAGCACAUGGAGAGCCAGGACAGGAAGUGGACACCAUCUUUUGAUCCGUCUCCUGAUUAAUUAUGCAUCAGCAGUGGGGAGGAGUCAGACUACGGUUGAAGUCCGACACAAACACGAGAUGCUGCAGUUUGAACAGACUAAUACCAAAGAUCAACACUUCCUUUAAGAGCUGAUUAUUGUUUGUGAGGUUACCUCUGUAAAACAUGACAAUGGCAGCUGGAUGGGACAAUCGCUCAGCGGUCGAGAGAAGCAUGUUCAUUAUGCGGAUGCUGCUGAGCCUGUUUCCUCUGGUCCUUGUGGUCUGGAAUGGUGAGGCGUUACCUGUACCAGACAAACUAUCACAAACCAAUGAGAUACUUACCAAAGACCAAAAGGACUUGCUGAAGAAGAUGAUGACGGAUAUGGCAGAGCUGAACCUCACUAGUAAAGAACUAGCUGAUCUUGACCCUGAUUUUCUGAAUGGCAAACUGGGAGAGAAUUCUGUUGUACAGCCAACCCCUAAAGAUAAAUCUCCAUGCAAGCUCUUCUUCUGGAAGUCCUUUUCCUCAUGUUAAAACUGGAAAACAGAACAGACACUGAUAAGUCUGUUGAAUCUACAGUCCUGCCUUUACAGUUUGCCAGUAUAAUAAUAAACAUUGUAUUGAAAUCAA